GGUAUCAAAGUAUAAAUAGGCAAGGGGGAAACAUCCCAACCAUCAAUAGAUCAUAGAUAUACGCGGUCGCGUCGCUCCUGAAAUCGGAAAGUAUUAAUGAUAAAAAGUUACUUUGAUAUUGGGUUGAUAAGCGCUAAUGAGGAAUUGGUACCGGUUACCUUCAGCGUUCCUUCCUUUACGCUCGCGAAGGAUGUGAUCGUGCGAAACGCCGAGGGCGAGCGCAGCGCGGCGGUAGCGGCUGGCGAUACCGCCGUACUGCCGCUCUGGGUGGCCUACCCACUUCGCCAGCAGGGUUUUAUUUCGGUGCAAUUGGGGAAUAAAUACUCUCUAAGUACGUUUCGAGAGUUUAAAACGGAUCCCCUGGCGCCGAGCUUAGCGGCGAAGUCUCCGUAUUUCUACGAGUCUGGCUUGACGCUUUGCGCGCUGCUGGGGAAUCCGACCUCAAAUGGCGGUAUGAGCGCGGAAGGAACCCGUCUGGCUGCGCAGCUGUUUCGACUAUAUCAGCUUCGCUACCUAAAAGUCAUUCUUGCCGCCGCCAAGAAGGGAUUUGAUUUGAACGAUGUGCGGGAGAAGCUUACGGAGAGUGAACGGGUGCUUCUCGAUUCUUAUCUUAAAGGGCGUUUGGAGGAACUUAUGUGGUAUGCAAGUGCAGUGUGAGGAAGUGCCUAGAUCAUCCGUAUAGGGCACUUGCAAAAUGCAGACCAAGGAUGGCUUAUAGGUAUGGAAACACGCAAAUACGGUUUCCCACA